ACCAACAUUGAUCACCUUCGUCUUAUUCCCUAGUCCUUACUACCAGAUUUGUGCAUUGUUGUUUUGCCAAUCACCUUUCUCUCUCUCUCACCAUGUCUGAGAAGAAGCACCACAGCCACCACUUUCACCACCACAAGGAGGUAAAACCCGCCGGAGAAAUGACCAAGAAAGACUAUGAGAAACAAGUAAAACACCACAAACACUUAGAGCACGUCGGCAAGCUAGGUGCUGUAGCCGCUGUUACUGUUGCUCGGCAUGAGAAGCAUAUGGCUAAGAAAGACCCUGAGAAUGCUCACAAACACAAGAUCAAAGAGGAGAUUGCAGCAACAGUUGCAGUGGGCAGUAUUGGAUUUGCCAUCCAUGAGCACCAUCAGAAGAAAGAAGCUAAAAAAGAAAAACAAUCAGCUUUCGGGAAGAAACACCAUCUGUUCUGAAACUCAUUUCUCCCCACUAGUUCAUCUCCCCCCCCCUCCCUCUUCCCCUUUUAUUUUCUUUUCUGUUAGUAGUGUCUACGUUGUA